AUGCAAUUCCAGUUAGAAAUGCGGAGACUGGAACUAGCAGCUGGGGAAAACCAAAAUAAUAAUAAUAAUAAUAAUAAUAGCGCAAGGGACCAAGGCCAGUUUAGGGUAGAUCUCAAGCGGUUCCCUGAAUUCAAAGAGAAAGAUAAUCCAGAGGCUUUCCUCAUCUCAUUUGAAAGAGCAUGCAAUGAUUUGCAAGCAAAGGAUGAGGAAAAAAUGGUAAUAUUAAGGGCUAGAAUUAGUGGAACCUUAGCAGAAAGAUAUGCCCAAAUGCCAGAAGACCAGUCCAGAAACUUUGACAUGUUUAAACAUUUAAUCUACACACGAUUUGGAAUCACCUCAGAGCAGCUAAGGGAAAAGUUCAGAAGGGUAAUGGUUUGA